UGAGAGCGGAGCACUGCGGGGCUCCGUGGGAUGAUGAUUUUGUGGACACAGAAAACAGCCCCAGACAGGACAAGCUUGGGCACUCGUGCGAUCCUGAGCUAGUUAUUGCAUAACCACACGGUUGUGUGAAAUGAAACGCUGCCUAGAGACAGGGAUUCGCUGGAAAGCCUAUGUAGUUUAUGGUUAAAUUUGGUUUUGUUGUUUGUGUUUGGUUUUAUUUUUUGUUUGUUUUUGUUGUUUUCUUCUCCCAGUCAGAGUUUCUCCGAGUACGCCUAACUGUCCUGGAACUCACUGUGUAGACCAGUCUGUCCUAGAACUCAGAGAUCUGCCUGCUUCUGCCUCCAGAGUUGUGGGAUACAUCCCUACCCUACCACCAUCUGGCCAUUGUUUAGUUGUUUUGAGGUUUUGAGUUGUUUUGAGACAAGCUCUGUUGUAGCCCAAGAUAUCUGGAGCCUCUGUCUCACCAUGUGUGUAAGAAGACUUUUCCAGCCUUCCUCUCUGUACUGGGCAUGGAGGACCACCGCCCUGAACCGUCCCCUGGGCAGGCAUCAGGGAGUCCUCCGCUGGACCCAUUCUGGAGGCCGAAGCUACAGAGCAGUCAUUUUUGACAUGGGCGGAGUUCUCUUGCCUUCUCCNGGGACAGUGGCUGAAGGAUGGGAGGUGCAGAAUCAUGUCCCUUCUGGAACUAUAAUGAAGGCUUUGAUCAGAGGUGGUGACAGUGGGCCCUGGAUGCGGUUUAUGAAAGGAGAGAUGACGACCGAGCACUUCUUGGAAGAAUUCGGGAGGCUGUGCUCCGAAAUCGCAAAGACUUCCGUGCCCGUGAGCUCCUUUUUCUCUCUGCUGACCAGUGAGCAAGUGACAAAGCAGUUCCCCGUGAUGACACAGGCCAUCUCUCAGGUGAGAGCAAAAGGCCUCCAGACUGCAGUCCUCACCAACAACUUUCGUCUUUCCAAUGGGGAAAGCUUUCUGCCCCUGGACCGGAAGCAGUUUGAUGUGGUGGUCGAGUCCUGCCUAGAAGGCAUCUGUAAGCCAGAUCCCAGGAUAUUCCAGCUGUGCCUGCAGAGGCUGAGCCUGCAGCCCUCGGAGGCCAUUUUUCUUGAUGAUCUGGGACCCAAUCUAAAAGUGGCUGCCAGCCUGGGCAUUCACACCAUUAAGGUUGACAGUCCUGAGACAGCGGUGAAGGAGCUGGAGGCUCUGUUGGGUUUCCCAUUGCACGCGGGCGUUCCCAACACGCGUCCUGUGAGGAAAACCAUGGCAAUUCCACAAGAUGCCUUGGAGAAGUACCUGAAGGACUUGCUGGGGCCCCACUUCACCGGCCCCAUGGAGCUCCUUCAGUUUGAUCACGGACAGUCAAACCCAACGUACUACAUCAGGCUGGCUGACCGUAAGCUGGUCCUGAGGAAGAAACCCCCGGGGACCCUCCUCCCCUCUGCCCAUGCCAUAGAAAGGGAGUUCAGGAUCAUGAAAGCCCUUGGGAAAGCAGGAGUCCCUGUCCCCACUGUUCUUGACCUCUGUGAAGACUCAAGCGUCAUCGGCACCCCCUUCUACUUGAUGGAGUACUGCCCGGGCAUCAUCUACAAAGACCCCUCCCUGCCCGGCUUGGAGCCCAGCCGGCGGGAAGCCAUAUACACUGCCAUGAACCAAGUCCUAUGCCGAAUUCACAGUGUGGACCUGCAGGCCGCGGGCCUGGACAGCUUCGGCAAGCAAGGGGACUAUAUUCCUCGCCAGGUGCAAACCUGGACCAAGCAGUACCGAGCAGCAGAAACCAGCAGCAUCCCAGCCAUGGAGAGGCUUAUCCAGUGGCUGCCACUGCACCUGCCCAGGCAACAGAGAACCACGGUGGUACACGGUGACUUCAGGCUGGACAACCUGAUAUUCCAUCCUGAAAAGGCGGAAGUGCUCGCUGUCCUGGACUGGGAACUUUCCACCUUAGGAGACCCCUUUGCUGAUGUGGCCUACAGCUGCCUGGCUCACUACCUGCCAUCCAGCUUUCCCAUGCUGAGAGGGUUCAGAGACCAGGAUGUGACAAAGCUGGGCAUCCCCACUGUGGAGGAAUACUUCAGGAUGUACUGUCUUCACAUGGGCAUCCCGCCCAUUGACAACUGGAACUUCUACAUGGCUUUCUCCUUUUUCCGUGUGGCUGCAAUCCUACAGGGAGUCUACAAGCGGUCACUCACAGGCCAGGCAAGCUCGGCAACAGCCCAGCAGAGUGGAGAGCUCCCUGCAGCCAUGGCUGAGCUGGCCUGGGAUUUUGCCACCCAAGAAGGGUUCCGGGUUUUCAAAGAGAUGCCAGCCACCAAAACGCCAAAGAGAUCCUACCAUGCCUGGGCGGGGCCGAGGUCCCCAAGGACUCCCAUGGGUGUGAGGGGUCACAGCACUGUAGCGGCUGCUUCCCCUUCUCGAGAGGCAAAGGGAGGCCUGGUCAUCUCUCCAGAGGGCCUGUCUCCUCAGGUCAGAAAGCUGUAUGAGCAGCUGAUGCAGUUUAUAGAACAGAAGGUGUACCCUGUGGAGCCAGAGCUGCAGAGACACCAGGCCUCUGCCGACAGGUGGAGCCCUUCCCCGCUGAUAGAAGACCUCAAGGAGAAAGCCAAGGCUGAAGGGCUUUGGAACCUUUUCCUACCCUUGGAGACAGAUCCUGAGAAAAAGUACGGAGCAGGGCUGACUAACGUGGAAUAUGCACAUCUGUGUGAAGUGAUGGGCAUGUCUCUGUAUGCUUCUGAGAUAUUUAAUUGCUCUGCCCCGGAUACGGGGAAUAUGGAGAUCCUGGUGCGGUAUGGCACUGAGGAGCAGAAGGCCCGCUGGCUGGUGCCGCUGUUGGAGGGCAGGAUCCGUUCCUGCUUCGCCAUGACUGAGCCCCAGGUGGCCUCCUCAGAUGCCUCGAACAUCGAGGCUUCCAUCAAAGAGGAAGAUGGCUCCUAUGUCCUAAAUGGUCACAAGUGGUGGACCUCAGGCAUCCUGGAUCCGCGCUGCAAACUCUGUGUGUUUAUGGGAAAAACAGACCCACAGGCCCCAAGGCACCAGCAACAAUCUAUGAUCUUGGUUCCCAUGGACUCGCCAGGAAUCAAAGUCAUCCGGCCUCUGUCAGUGUUUGGUUUGGAGGAUCCUCCAGGUGGCCAUGGUGAAGUACGGUUCAAGGAUGUGCGUGUGCCCAAGGAAAACAUACUUCUGGGCCCUGGACGAGGUUUUGAGAUUGCUCAGGGCAGGCUAGGGCCUGGCCGGAUUCACCACUGCAUGAGGUUGAUCGGGUACUCAGAGAGGGCCCUGGCACUCAUGAAGACACGGGUGAUGUCCCGCACAGCCUUCGGGAAGCCCCUUGUGGAGCAUGGCACCAUCCUGGCAGACAUUGCCCGGUCACGUGUGGACAUCGAGCAGGCCCGGCUGCUGGUGCUGAAAGCUGCCCACCUCAUGGAUGUGGCCGGAAAUAAGGCUGCAGCUUUAGACAUUGCAAUGAUUAAAAUGGUAGCCCCUUCCAUGGCCUAUCAAGUAAUUGACCGCGCUAUUCAGGCCUUUGGAGCAGCAGGCCUCAGCAGUGACUACCCCCUGGCUCAGUUCUUUGGCUGGGCCCGAGCCCUGCGCUUCGCUGAUGGCCCUGAUGAAGUACACCAGCUGACAGUGGCUAAGAUGGAACUGAAGAAUCAGUCCAGGCUGCAGGAGCCAGCAGCACCCAGAGUGUAGAUGCUGAGUUUAGAAUGACCUGCCAGGUGUCAUUCUUACAUCCUGUCCAGCAUCUCAGUCUAGGACACUUAACUGUGGCCUGAACCUUCUGGGGGUCUCUUCAAGGAGAUGUUUUUCUGGGGUCUCUUCAAGAGACCUGCCUGCCUCUGCUUCCACGUGCUGGAAUUAAAUGCAUUUGCAACUA